GUGCUUGGAAUCACUUUUGGAUCUUUGUUUGGAGGACGGGCUGGGAUCGUCGUUUAGAGUCGCGUAUAAAGUAUUUUUAAUUCAAAAACACUGAGUUUGGCGUCUGGAUUAACGAUCAUUUGGCCAUUGCUCGUGAGGACGGGUUGGUAGACAUGACUGGUCCUGGUUGUUCAGCUCUUCAUGCUUAUCUCCCCUCCCUUCCUCCGUGCGGCGUGGACCUGCUGGCGGUGCGGCAGCACGAGCUGGUGGUGGCUGCGGAGGCCGCCGGCGGCCACACCGUACACACCAUGGUACAGGUGAGAGUCGCUGACGUCAACGACAACCCGCCCUACUUCCUCAACCCGCAGCCGCAGGUCACCGUCGUUGAGGAGGACGACCGCCACCUCCCAGCGACCAUCGCUAAGGUGGAGGCGGUGGACAAGGACUGGAUGGAUCAUCACGGACUGCUCUAUACUGUCAGAGGCGACGGAGUUGAUGGUCACCCUCACGACGACGCCUUCUUCUCCAUCAACUCCCUCACAGGAGAGUUGAUCCAGUUGAGGGCUUUGGAUCGCGACCCGCCCCGGGGAAAGGAGGUGUGGAGGGUGAGGGUGCAGGUGCGGGAUGGCCAGGCCCUCUGGAGCAGACAGGCCAUGGACCAACUUCUCGCUGCCAAAUCUAAGAACGAGAACGAAGCCAAGAAAGCAAAGUCAAACGAAAGACGAAGAAACAACGGUGAUAAAUCAAAUAAAAGAAGAUCAAAGAGAGAAAAUACGAUAGAAGGACCUGUUGGCGUAAGAGAAAGCAACAGAGAAAAUAAUUAUGCAGUGGAAAAGUCUAUUGACGAGACGCUAGAAAUAAGAGAAGAAGUGGAGCUUCCCGGACACACGUUGAUAUCCUCGGGGACUGGUGUCGCUAGCCAAGCGUCGGGUGCAGAAGUUCGCGGUGGAACAGAUUUGUCAAACGAAUCCCAAUAUUUAAGACGGUAUCGAGUACCAGCUGGGAGUAAGUCACGGAGGAGGUCUAAGCUCGCGUCAACAGAGCAGCAAGCAAGUGGCGGACAUCAGCUGGGAACAACCAGAGACGCUGGCAAUCCUCACAUGAAAAUGAAGUUUGAUUCAGGUGGAACUGACAAUCUCACUAACAUAAGACACACAGAAAAUGAAUACACUAGUGGAAGUAAAGUCAAAAUCCCAUAUAACGAGGUGUUAGGGAGAAAAAAUGGUGCUGCAAUGGACAAAGUAAAGGAUCCAAGUAGCCGCUCCACCACUGGAACACCACUAAGCCCACGUUCAGCAAUUAAGCUCAGGCAAGCACACGCAAUUUCCACCGACAUAAAUUUACACUCAAAUGAACAGACUCUCACGACUUUACAAUUUUAUCAGGAGUCCAAUAUCAGUGACUAUAAACACAAAAAACGUGGCUUAAAGAGCACUUCUCAGUUCUCGUAUCACAACUCGGUAUCCCACACUUCGAGAGAAACGACAGAAUUUAAAUCAAGCAAAACGCUGUAUUUCGUACCUAUCGGCAAUGAAACCCCAGACAUCGUGAGGUCAGGGAAAGACAAAAAGAACAAUUUACUUCGCAUACAAACAUCUGCAUUACCAGCUAAUGGUUUGGAACCCACAAUAAAACCUGAGGCCGACAGUAAACUCACACAAGCUGAAAAUUCAGCUCAUAAGUUUAAGCCAGCUGCACGUUUGGGUAACAGAAUAACAAAGAGGACUCCAGCUGCUUCGGUAGUUCCUCAGUCGACCACCGCGCCCUCCAGAGGGAGAAGGUCGACGGGAGAACAGCACUAUGAGCUGGGCAGCUUCAGUACAGACAGCGGCUGUGACGACCCGGGGAGCAGCAGCAGCAGCAGCAGCAAGGCAGAGCCCACGGGGCGUCGUCUGGACGGCAGCAGUGUACAGGUGGUGGCAGGGUCGAGGGUCCACGUGGCGGAGACGGUGGUGAUGGUGGUGGUGAAGGAUAUCAACGACAACUCUCCCGUCUUCCCCAACGCUACCAUGUUCGGGGAGGUCCAGGAGAACGGCCCCAUAGACCUGUCAGUGGCCGUCAUCGCUGCCUGGGACGCUGACGACAUCUCUGAGGGCACCAACGCCAGGAUCACCUACUCCAUAGCCAAGAACGUCGUCUAUGAGCCCACGGGAGAGCCCAUCUUCUCCGUGCAUCCAGCCACAGGCCUCAUCCGCACCGCCAUCUGCUGCCUGGACAGGGAAACCACUCCAGAGUACGAGAUCCAGGUGGUGGCGGUAGAUGGUGGCGGCCUCAAGGGGACGGGCGUGGUGGUGGUGCGGCUGGUGGACGUCAACGACAACUGUCCCAGACUGGAACACUCACUCUGGGACCUGGAGACCGACGAGACCCGGGGCCAAGGUCCCCCAGACAACUCCACCCUCCUCCACCUCUCCGUCCUCGACAGUGACACAUCCAACUACUUCUUCUACAGGGUGGUGGAGGCGAGUGGUUGGGGAUGGGAACACUUCGGCGUCAGGACGGUGGGCGCCGAAGGGCAGCUCUUCGCCAGACAGACGCUCGACUACGAGGACGAGACUCACCGCCGGGGUUUCCGGUUCAUGGUCCAGGUGACUGACAAGGGUCGCGGGGGGUGGAGGGACCCCCGUCACAUGGACGCCGCCUGGGUCACCGUCCGCCUGAGGGACCUCAACGACAACCCGCCUCACUUCCACCGUCUGCACGCCCACGUUACUGUCAAGGAGGAUGCCGCCCCCGGCACUCUCCUGGCCGCCCUCCCCGCCCACGACCCUGAUAUGGGUGGAGAGGAGGGUGUGGAGUACCGUGUGGAGGGGGCGUGGGGCGCCCUCAGUGUGGACUCUGAGGGAGGAGUGAGCUUGCGUCGCGCCCUGGAUCGCGAGGCUCCGGACGGAGCUAUAGGCGUAGCCAAGAUCGUGGGCGUGGACCACGGGCGGCCGCCCCUCACUGCCACUGCCACCCUCACCAUCACAGUCACCGACGUCAACGACAGUCCGCCCGUCCUCCUCCCGCCCACACUCUUCCAUGUGACCGAGGGCGCCGCGCCCACGCUCCUGGGCGCCCUCACUGCCACCGACCACGACGUGUGGGCGUUGGGGCACGGCCCGCCCUUCAACUUCUCCUUGGCGCCCACAAACCCCGCCCACGUCCUCGCCCACAUCUCGCUCAAGUUCGACCCUCACCUGGACAGUGGUCGAGGCGGGGCCGAGGUAUGGACAGUGGGCCCCGUGGACAGAGAGGAGCACCGUCAGCUGCUGGUGGGGGUGGUGGUGGCUGACGCGGGCGGGGUGUCCGCCACCCACACAGUCACAGUCAUCGUCGACGACAUCAACGACAACCCCAUGAAGCCUGGAGCCAAGACCGUCUACCUCUGGAAGACCCAGGGCGGCGGGUCGGACGCACCGCUGGGCCGGGUGUUCGUGGACGACCCGGACGACUGGGACCUUGGGGACAAGACGUUCCGCUGGCUGGGGUCCCCACACCCGCUCUUCUCCCUCAACACCAACACUGGUGACCUGUUCGCCUCCAGCCAGGUGAGGGAGGCCAGGUAUGAGCUGCAGUUUGCUGUGAGUGAUCAGCUGUGGGGUCAGCGAGACGUAGAGGCCAACGUGACUGUGGCUGUGAGGAUACUGACGCCCGACGCCCUUGCCCACGCCGCGCCCAUCACCCUCACGCCCACCACUCCCGCCCACCUCGCCAGGGGAUGGACGCCAGAGCUGGGUGGGGGCGGCCUGGGACGAGUGAUACAAGGUGUGCUGAGGGUGGUGGGCGAGGCCGCCCACACUGUGGAGGUGGUGAGCGUCUACACCCACCGGGACCGCUCCCGCCCUCACCACCCAACCCACUCCUCGCCAUAUACAAGCCCCCGCCCGCACGCCAUUCAUGUUACGACCACAAAUUGGGUGCGCCCCAUCAGUCAAGCCUCGUCCGCCUGCGUGUGGGUGAGUGUGAGGGAGCAGCCGGCUGAGAGCUUCAUGGACCCGAUCAAGCUGCUGGGCCUCCUGGCCCUUCACUCUCACCAGAUAGAGGCGGCCACCAAUCUGAAGGUGGUAAUUGAGUCCCCGACCACUGGGUCUGGUGGAGGGGCUGACGGCCUUCAGGAAGACCCGGCCCUCCACCACACUCUCCAUCACUCUGGCCCUCCCGACCCUUCCUCGGCCGCCUCUCGCGCCUCCACCACACUCCCUCUCCAGGUGAUCGACACCAACGUCACGUCGCUGGUCACCCCGCUCCUCGCCCACACCCACGCCUGCCACGCCCACGACCCGGAGACUUGCACGCCAACCUCUUGCCUCAACGGUGGCCGCUGUGUCGGCUCUCCUGGCGGUAAAAGGUGCGUGUGUCCAGAAGGGUCGUGGGGGGCGCGGUGCAAAGUGCUGGCCCGCACCUUCACAGGCGACGGGUGGGCGUGGGUCCGCCCGCUGCCUCCCUGCUUCCCUACCACCAUAUCUCUCCGGCUCCUCACACGCCGUCCCCACGCCCUCGUCCUCUAUUCCGGCCCUCUGGCGACCGUCCCACGCCACCCGGACGACCCACCCACGCCCAUGCUUGCUCUACAAGUGUGGCGUGGGCGUCCUCAGCUGCUGCUGGAGGGAGGCGCCGAAGCUCUCAAACUGGAGGUCAACCGCACAGUCAACGACGGUGACUGGCACACCAUCCAUCUUCACCUCCACGCUCACGGUACAGCGAUGAUGGUGGACCUGUGUGGCGACCUCCAGGGAUGGGACAACGACACACGGGACGACUCCCGCUGCCUGGCUCAAGAGUCCUGGACUGAUGCUGUAGACGUAAGUGCUUGGCUGGGAACCGGGCCCCUGCAGAUAGGAGGACUGGCACACACGCCUCCUAGCCCCGCCCACCACGGAUGGCGUGAGGCGCCCACGCCACGCCCACUAGACGGCUGUGUCUCCCAUCUCACACUCAACAGUCAGCUGGUGGACCUGGGAGAGCCAGCCUACAGCAGGAACACCGCAGGCGGCUGCCGACCUCAAAAUAAAGCCUGCAGGGAAGCCAUGGGUGGCUGUGGACACCGCGGCCAGUGUAUGGGUGGCUUGAACCUGCCGGAGUGUGAGUGUGACCCAGGGUGGACGGGACCCGCCUGCACCACGCCCACAGUUCCUGCCACCUUCGGCCCUUCGUCUUUUGUGAAGAUGGCACUCUCUUUCACGCCUGCGUCUCAGAUGAUGACGGCACAACUGCGUCUGAGAACCCGAGGCUCCCGUCAGGGCCUUCUGCUGCACAUGGCAUCUCGUCAGCAUUCUUCAGCAUUCACUCUACAUCUCCGAGGUGGCGUGGUUUGCGCCACGGUGUCUGGGGCAGGGUGGGCGGCGCGGGCGGCGUGCGUGGAGGGGCGGCCGGUGGGUGACGGCGCCUGGCACACCGUCAGGGCGGAGCAUCACGGCCCCAACCUGGUGGUGAGCGUCGACGACGGCGACUUCUGGCGACGCAACGAGUCCCUCAUCUUGCUACGGGAGGGUGACGAAGGAGGCGGCGAAACACUCACGCCUAUCGACUUAAGUGAGGGCGUGAGUGUGGGCGGCCUGCCUGAACGUGUGGGCGUCGCAGUAGUCAAUGUGUUGAAUGACCUCACAAACAGCUGUAUCGACGACGUACGUGUCUCAGGCCGUCAGCUGCAGCUGCCACCAGCUGUGAAUGGCAGCAGGUGGGGUCAGGUGACCAGCUGGCAGGGUCUGGAGCCUGGCUGCACCGCCCCUGAUGCCUGCCUCAAUGCCACCUGCGACGCGCCCCUCUCCUGUGUCUCCACCUGGGGCACCGCCACCUGCAGCUGUGGUCCAGGAGAGCAGGUGGUGGGAGGCGCCUGUGAGGACGUGGACGAGUGCGCAUGGCGGCCCUGCCUGCAUGGCGGCUCCUGCUACAACCUGCGGCCCGGCUUCCAGUGUGUCUGCGGCCCGGGCCACACAGGCGAUCAUUGCCAGUGGACGGAAGUGGCCACCGCGGGCCACCCACUAGCGGCCCCUGUGGCCAUCGCCGCCCUUACAGUGUCACUACUACUUCUGGUGGUGAUGGGAGUGGUGAUCUCUGUCAGACUACGGCGACAGUGGCUGGUGCGUGGCGCGGGAGCAGGGCGGCGGGCCGUCCAGGGCAGCACCGUGGUCGACGUCAAGGAUGCGACGCGCUGCAUUCAACAGGGAGACCAUCAACACAAGGCUUUCCUGGAGUGUUUGCAUCUCAGACUCUCUCAUGCUCAAGCUACUUCCAUCGGAAAAGAGGAGCGACUUCCCCAGAGUCCAAGCACCCCGUACGCCACUGGAGUCCGUGUCAGCGCCGGUGUUCCUGGAGCUGGGGUCGUGUCUGUGAGUGCUGGGGUUCCGGUGGGGGGCGUGUUGGCAGGCAGAGAACUGAGAGGCUCCGACUCCCUUCCAGCCAAGGACGACCUUCGAGCCUACGCCUACGAGGGAGACGGAUCAUCUGCCGGGUCUCUGUCCUCAGCAUUAUCAGGUCUUCGGGAAGAGCAGCCUGACGAAGGAAGCAUGAAGCAGAUGGCCCCAGGGUUCCUCGAGGUCAUGGAUUUACUCAAGAAUUUGCCAGAAGCAUCAAUGUCUCCUUUACUGCUGUCAAAAGGCGUCGAUCAGACAAUGAAUACAACAGAAGCAACGUCGGUUAAGACUCGAGGACAGAAUCUAACUCAUUUGUCGACAAAAGGCGCAGUUUACUCCAUGAUGAGUAAAGCCGCUGCUGCUGCAGAUACCAAGACAACUGCUAAAGCUUCUCCCCAACAUAUCCCGGCGACUUGUGAGGAACAAACUACAGUGUGUUGAAACCAACCAACAAAUUAAAGGGAUCCGAGAACAUUAAAGGCGUUAGCGGGGGAAAAAAAAUUAGGAUUUUAAAGGUGUUGGCGGUAUUAAAGGGUAAUGUAAAUUCAACGUGAAAUUACCGUUAUCAACGUGAAUUCAACGUGAAAUUACCGUUAUCAACGUGAAUUCAACGUGAAAUUACCGUUAUCAACGUGAAUUCAACGUGAAAUUACCGUUAUCAACGUGAAUUCAACGUGAAAUUACCGUUAUCAACGUGAAUUCAACGUGAAAUUACCGUUAUCAACGUGAAUUCAACGUGAAAUUACCGUUAUCAACGUAAAUUCAACGUGAAAUUACCGUUAUCAACGUGAAUUCAACGUUACUCAUUUUGUGACUAUUGAAUUAAACCUAAUGCAAUUAUCAAGUGUGUUUCAGCACAAUAGGCUCACAAUAUGCGGAAAUAAGCUAAUUGUACAAUGUCAUUGUGAAACUGCAAUACGUAAGCCAGUGAACAAAGUAUCCCAGAGUGGCACUGAUUGGUGUUAGAUGUGCCCUGGGUCGGGUGACCAGGAUAUUACCGUGUUCUUAAAAUGGUAUAAUUGACUGAAGGAACUAUUACUCAGUUCGAGGGAACAAUAAUGUAAUCUCGAAGUGUUACUGUAAAUGCCGACUUGUGUCGGACAAAUUUAGACAAUCUUAAGAUGUGGCCUCAUAUGACAGACAGGGUUGAAGUUUAAUAUAAGCAUCUUUGUGGUAGAACUCUUAACUUUCAACGUAGUUUUUACUCAGAUUUGUCCAUGGAAGGUGGAAGGAAGGAGAAGAGCGUUUAGCCUUGGGCACAUUUUUGUAUACGUGGAAUUACGUUACCCCAGAAAGGGAGUUUGUUUAUAAAGAUCAAAUGAGAACGAAAGUAUCGCAGUUAUGUAGCGACUUCAUAGUGGUCCAGGACGGACAGAAAAAAUAAGUCGUUUCAUAUUCUGGUGUGUGGUUUCAGUCUUCAGUUAUAUAUACCGUGGCUGUGAAAUAUUUGAUAUUUCAAUAUUUACCUUUUUUGUACUAAAAUACUCCUUGUUAUAAAAACAAAACCGAGGCAUAUAUCUAUUUUAUACGUUUAUAGAUUGCUUGAAUUACAUGUAUUUAACCAA